CUACAGACCGCAGGGAAAAGUGCGAGUGGGGAUCUGCGUUGCAUUGGAGCGGGGGACAGCCCGACGGCGCAUCGUACAGAAUGAACGCCAUCGGGCGUAGCAGCACGAUUGCAUCGGCUUUUAGGAUCACAACCCAGGCUAUUCCAUCAGGUGCAAGUGCAGUUUCUGCCGCGACGUCGGAGAGGCUGAUCGCCGCUCCUGCGCAACCUAAGCUUACUAGUGAAAUUUUACGCAGUGCUGUAGCCCCAAGAACGGCGCCCAGGGCUUCUGUUGGCGUUGGUGUUGCGUCACAGGUACGAUGUGCACACACGGACAUCCCGGUUCCGGACUUCAGCGACUACCGGCGCAGUGCCACCCGCGACCCCCAUGCCCGGGCUGACGAGACUCGUGCUCCACGCCAGACCUUCUCCUACCUGAUGGCUGGAGCCGGCAGCGUGGGCGCGGCGUAUGGCGCUAAGUCUGUGGUGUCGCACUUCGUCUCGUCCCUCUCUGCGUCCGCCGAUGUUUUGGCACUUGCCAAGAUCGAGAUCAACUUGAACGACAUCCCAGAGGGCAAGAACAUCACCUUCAAGUGGCGUAAUAAGCCGCUCUUCGUCCGGCACAGGACUGCGGAAGAAAUCCAGGCGGAGAAGAGCGUGAACUUGGCCACGCUGCGCGACCCGGAGCACGACGACGUGCGCGUCAAACAGGACCGUUGGCUCGUGCUGGUCGGCGUGUGCACGCACCUCGGCUGCGUGCCCAUUGCCAACUCCGGUGAAUAUGGCGGCUACUAUUGUCCGUGCCACGGCUCCCACUACGACGCCUCGGGCCGCAUUAGGAAGGGCCCAGCGCCGCUCAACCUGGAGGUGCCCGAGUACGUGUUCCAGACGGAAGACCUGCUGGUGGUGGGCUGAACGCUCCGGGCAGCGCCCUCGCCGGGUUGUUUAUGGGGCGGCCUGGGUUGCCCCGCCCCGGCACUAGGUCAAAGUGGCGCAUGCGACGAUGCGGUGUGUAAAUGUGAAUACAGGUCUGUGUGGUGACCGAGUUGGUCAGAAAUCCU